GGCCUCCUAGGCAGUUUAUGGUGGGGUCUAUAGGGGCCUUUUUAGGGGCCUUCGCUGUUACUGCUGCUCACUCUAUUCGCAGCCAGAAGAAGCAUAAGAAGGGCCUCUGGAAGCUCCAGAACCAACACAUCAAAUCCAUGUGCUUUAUGGACAUGGACUCGCUGGCCCCACCCAUGGCUGCAGACGCUUCCACAGAAGAAGGGGAAAAAGCAGCAAAAGAAUUGCUGCAGCAGCACGCCUAG